AGAGACAAUCAGAGAACGAUUACAAAUGGAUGUUCCAGACACUCGGUGAGAUUUGCUAUGUUAAGGAUGUAACAGAGAAUGGAUGUUGGUAUUGACUAUUGAGGAAAAAGCUGUACAAGGAAGAGAGAGAGAGAGAACCCAUUUUUGAAACAAACCUUAUUUAGAAACAAAAGAGAGAGAGAGAGAGAGAGUUAGCUAGGCGAAGACGAAGACGAAGACGAGGAAAGAAGGUAGACCACCGGCGGCAGCGAUUUGAAAUCUCCGGUUUCGUUCGCUGGCCGCGAAAACAACGACACGCGCAAGGAGAAAAUGGUGAUUAUGUCGUUGAGGUCUGAGGCUUGAGUAAAAAAGAAGAAGAAGAUUGUAAUGGCGGGGAAGAAAAGAGGUCAUGUCCACAAUGCUCCUUCCAACGACGAGACCAUGUUUCCUUCUCAGGAUUCUAAACCCAAGAGGAUCUACCAACUCUGGCCCGGCAACAAUAGAUUUUGUUGCGGAGGGAGACUAGUCUUUGGUCCAGAUGCAUCUUCACUUCUUCUCACCACAUCUAUGAUUGGAGCUCCUGCUCUCACUUUCUCCAUCCGAAUGGCUUUCAUGAUCACAAAGAGCUUUCCUUUGUUCCACUCUCUUAUACUAAUGGGUUCCCUUUUGCUCACUGUCUUGGACUUCACAUUCCUCUUCUUAACUUCAUCAAGAGACCCCGGGAUCAUCCCAAGGAACAAAGAAGCACCUGAAUCAGAACCUCUUGACAUUCUCAGUAACACAAAGUUUCCUAGAACCAAGGAUGUACUGGUGAAUGGCUACACAGUCAAAGUCAAAUUCUGUGAGACUUGUUUGCUUUACCGUCCUCCACGCGCCUCUCACUGCUCAAUUUGCAACAACUGUGUUCAAAGAUUUGAUCAUCACUGUCCAUGGGUGGGACAAUGCAUCGCUCUAAGAAACUAUCCAUACUUCAUUUGUUUUAUAUCAACUUCAACGCUACUAUGCUUGUACGUCUUUGUCUUCUCGUGGGUUAGCAUGCUCGAGGUACACGGCAAGAUGUUGUUAGUGGUCAUCAUGGAUGAUAUAAUAUUUAUUGUUCUCAUCAUAUACUGCUUCAUCGUUGUCUGGUUUGUUGGUGGGCUCACUGUUUUUCACCUCUAUCUUAUCUGCACCAAUCAGACAACUUAUGAGAAAUUUCGGUACCGAUAUGACAAGAAAGAGAACCCUUACGGAAAGGGUCUGUUCAAGAACCUGUUUGAGGUGUUUUUUUCAAGGAUUCCACCUCCUAUGAUUAAUUUUAGAGACUGGGCUCAAGAGGAACCUGAUGUGGAGGUUGGAUCCAUUGCAUCUGAGCUAGACAGAGCCUUUGGACCAAGGGGAGAUAGAUAUGAUACGGAAAUGGAAAUAGGCGAUUUGCGUCUCAAGACACUGGAGUAUGAUAACAAGAACAACAACAUUGAAGAAACUGCCAAGAAGAAAAGGGACAGUGUUGAUGUGAGAUCGAGAUAGGACAAAAUGCUUGAUAACUUGUUGUAAAAUACUCUUAAUUCUAAAGCCAUACACUUUUGUCUUCAACGAGUAUACUUUCAGGUUCAGAGAAAAAUGUAGGAAAAGAAUCAAAUAUAUAGUCUAAUGUAGUCACUGCAUGGUCGUUUCUUGCUUUACACGGUUCUUCAAUACAGUUUCUUGAUUAUCCUUCACUCACCAAAUAUACUAUAUCAUAAAAUUAUCUAUUCUGUUUACGAAAUCUAUCAGUUUAGUUUACGAAACCAUUCAGUUUUGUUGGAUAAAACAAUACUUACUCUAUGUUCCAUGAUUUUAUGAAGCAUUAAUUGGGAUCCAUAUUGUAUAUAACAAUAUAUGUCUUGGUAGCAUCCAUCAACCAUCUCCAGGUAUUGUAACCUUUGUGAUUUGCCUUGACGUUUCUUAGAGGAUAGUAACUUAAGUAAUGGUAGUGAAAUAUUCGUAUGGAUCAAUGAUCUGUAAAAGUGUGAGUUGACAGAGAGGCAUUGAUAAGGGAUAUGAGGAGGAGAAGAGACAAACGUGACGUAGAAGAGACUCAAAACGAUAAAGAUAGCACAUAGAGAAGUUUCUCGAGAGAGGCCAAAACAAAAACCGAAGACUUCACGCCAACACAAUGCAGUCAACGUGUUUCUUCAUGUGGACAGUCACGGAGUCACCUCACCUACUCACUCCCACACGCUCUACCUCUUGCGCUUGUUCUACACCCACGGUUUUCUUCUGCUCUUGUUGUCAUUUUCUUUUGUUUAAACAUUAGGUAUUUUCUUUUCUUUUAUACGAGUAUAAAAUCUGUAUUGUCUUAAACUGAAUCAACCGUCUUUAUUUUACUUUGUGUGCAUAAGCUGAAAUAUAAUAAAAGAACAUUCAGUUGUAAUGAAUACAAUCAAAUAUACUAUAUGAACAUCUACCUUUCUAAAAGUUGGCAAAAAAAAAAAACAUCUGAACAAUCAAAAUUUUCACUACACAUAACGCUUAUUCAUUUGGUGCAUGGUGUUAUGUUUCAUAGCUAUAAACCCGAAGUCAACACUAUAAGUAUUCGCUACCAAACUAAUCUUAUACUUUUGAGAAGAACUUCAACCCGAUGCAUAUGCUCUGCUAUACUCACCUGACAUAAGAGUAUGAGACCUCCUUUGUCGUCUCAAAAACUAAUCCCAAUUAACUUAGGAUAUGUUGUCUAAUUAAUGUUGUUUAAGUAGAGAUAAUGAUUAGAAAAUCAAAUAACAAAAAAUAGUUCCAACAAAUUGAUAUAGCAAUUACGUUAACAACUUUCCAUAGAUAUUAUGUAUAUGAUCAUUGAAUCACCUACAAAAAAAACGAAAUCUGCUAUUUGUUUUCUACAUCAAAUAACCUAUUAAGUCAACCACUAUUAUUUAUCAAUCAAACAUAAAUAAUUCUAACAAUUUUUUUUUAAGAAAACCCUCUAGCACACUGCAAACAUCAUACAAGUUAUUAGGUAGGUAGAUCCACCCGGGUUCGAGUCUUGGCCACAACGGAUCUAAUAUCCCUUCCGUUGGAACGCUGAACUCCUUUCGGGGAUAGUUGGGAAUGAGACUGCCCAGAUACCAAAGUUAUAAAAAAAAAAAGUUAUUAGGUAGCAAUGUUUUUUCUUGCAACUUAGGUGGAAAUAUUUUGUUAUAUUUAUAUUUGGAAGGUGAUAUAUGUAACCUGCAUACUAAUUAUGUAAAUUAGUUUUCAUAUAUUAUGCAUUUGCAUUGAAUCACACUAUUAAAACC